AUGAAGGUAUCAAUAACACAUAUCAAGAGACUCCAGGAAGUCGAUGAAGACGACAUUAUUUUCACAAAGGAGGAUGCAGAUGGACUGUUGCUACCGCACAAUGACGCUUUGGUAAUUUCUUUAAAUGUGUUAGAUUUUAAACUCAAAUGUGUUCUGGUAGAUCCAGAAAGUUCGGCCAAUAUCAUACAAUGGAGGGUAUUGGAGCAAGACAAACUCAACAGAAGCAUCAUUCCGGCCACAAAACUCCUCGCCGGAUUUAACCUCACAAGCGUGACAACCCGGGGAGAGAUCUUGCUGCCCAAUAGCGCCGAAGAGGUGAUGAAGACGACUCUUUUCGAAGUGGUGGACGGUGACAUUGGUUAUAAUAUUAUUUUGGGAAGUCCGUGGUUAUACGAGAUGAGAGCCGUACCAUCAACAUACCAUCAGUUGCUGAAAUUCAAGGAAUCAAAUAGAUAA